GAAAAAGCCCCACACCUCCCAGCAUAUUUCUGUUUAUAAGUGCUGAAUUUAAAGGUGGUACUGCGGUUGAAAUGCUGGAAAGUUGUCUAUCCAGAUUGUUGAGAAUAGCUUUUUCUCCGUUGAGUCAUAGACUAAUGUCUUCAGUUGGCAACAGAAUGGCGUGCGUGUGAAGGAAAAACUACUGUUCGCCUUAUUCCACUGUAUCUACAAGUCCACUUACCGCUUGGGGCUGGAUAUACAGGUUAGACAUAGCGCUCAAUUUUCAAACGCACUUCAAAUCACUAUCGAGAGUGAUUAUCUAGUGGGCGAUGCACGUCGCUCAUUAGUUCAAAUCUAGAGCACCUGGUAGGUGAGGUUCAUGCAGCUGGACCACAGUCCCCUUUUUGAGAUUAUCUUCAAGAUAUGCCCGAUUUCAACACUUAUAUGCGGUGGAGAACGAGUUUUCAAGCUAGAAUCCUAAUAUAUUUCUCGGGAAUUAGGUGAGUCAUUUCAGGACACGGAGUCAUGUUGAGGAUAACACUUUCCUCAUAAUAUUAGAUAAUAGUUGCACUUACAUGUCAGUGGGAAUCUUGUGAGGCAGCGUCACAGUUUUAUUUCAGUCGUUCUGAACCACACAACGCCUAUUACAACAGAAGGCUCAAAUGCGUAAAUAGACUGAAAUCCUAAACUUUUAAAGUGUAUUAAAUAGGUUUUACAGAAAGUGCCACAGGACUUACCGAUUGAAGGUGUUAACUGUUUCCUCGUCUUCACAGCUUGAUACUGGUUCAACGCAGAAUUACUCUUAUUCGCCUAGCGUAUUACAUCCUGCAUACUUCAUUGUCGUGAUUGAUAUUUGACAGAGUAUUCAACUAUUAAGGAAAAAUAAAAUUGGAUAUGCAGGGUUAUGCUUAUUGUGAGGCAUAAUUCAUCUGAAGGUUAUGUUAUUCCAUUAAAAGGUUUAUGCAUAGCUUUCUUAUAACUUGCCUCCAAAUCUGAUAUAAGUAUAUGGUCCGCGCAUAAAGAGAAGCAACAAAAUCGCUCUUUUAACUCUGGAUAUGCUAAACUUUGGUUUAUUUCGAGGUAGAUUUUGUUAAGAAACAAGAUCACGUUAAGGCGAGGUCAAGUGUGGGAUUAUUAGAUAAAAAAUGAGAAUUAUUGGUGUUUGUGCUAUAUGUGUCGAGUCAGGAAAAGUUAAAAAAUAUGAACUAUACAAUUUAGGUCCCAUUGCUUAUGUGAAGUGUGACGGCUCUGAGUGGAAUCUCUCACUGCCUAGUGCAUGUACACUGAGAAAAUGGUACACACUGGAAUGAACUAGCUCACCAAUCCCUCCUGGUUGCUUAUAUGAUUUAUCCAUUCAUAUAAUUCAUGGAAAUUUUUAAUAGUUGAUUUUUAAUGUAAAAUGGUAUGUCGAUAAAUUUUGGUUGAAGUUAAGUGAUUCUCAUCCUUUAAAAUCUCUUAUCUGAAUUGGUAUAAAAAUUCAGACCAAGAAGCCCUCUGAGGGACAGAAGAAUGAUUCGGAGAUUUCUGUGGGCGGUGAAUCAAAUGAAUCAGACCAGUGUGAUACAACUAAUGAAAUAUCCUCAAACAAAGCUGAAUCGCCAGGGAUGACGUCAGCUGUCAACGAAACUUCCAAAAGUUUCAAUAAUUCAGUUGUAAAACGACGAGUAGCUGGUGCCUUUAAGAAAGUGAAAAAAACAAUAACAGUAGCUAACUUGAAGAGUGGUUGGAACACGUCAUCUGCAUCCUCAUUGUCACGUGGUAAAAUUGAGACAUCCAGUGGAAACAGUGAACAGUCAUCGUGGUCAGAAUCACAGUCAUUAGAUAAUACUUCAGUUGAGAAGGUGAUGAACUUAGAUGACUUUAUAACCAAUGUGCUACGUCAAACGGAAGGUGAAACUGUCGAAGCACUAUAUGAUAAAUAUUUAUUACCAUCACUCAAUGAAAGGCUAAGACACGAUUCAUCUGUACAACAAAAUAAUGCCACUCUUGAGACACGUGAGGAAGUAUUAGAUAAAUUGAUGGUCGAUGAUGAUGAUUUAUGUGUAAAUUUAGACCAAUUAAUGAAUGAUGCUAUCAAGAGGUUGCUGACAUUAUCAACUAGUCAAGUUUAUAAAGAAUAUUUUGGAAGUGUUACAAAUGAUGAAAUUUACGAUCAAAUUGUUCGUCUGACGGAUGAUUUCAUGAAUACAGAUCAGUCAGAUGAAGAUAACAAAGUUAGUGAACUAAUACUACAAAACAAUGAGACAACUGGACAAGAAUUGUUGCCAGAUUGCAGUAAUCGUGAAAAUGGAUUUAUCGACGGAAAACAAGAGACAAGUGUGAACAAUAAGGAGAAUGACUUACCUGUUCACGGUACAUGGGUUGAAUGUGUAUUGUGUUUAAAAUGGAGGUUUUUAGAAGAAAUUUUAGAUCCAAGCCUUCUUAUUGAAUCUUGGCAUUGUGGACUUCAGCAGAAAUAUAAAACUACUGAGAAAUCACAAACUGAAGCUAACGUUUAUGCAAUAAAUCCUUGUGAUGAACCACAACAAGCAUUGGAAACCGAUGAAAUUUCCAAUUCAUACGUCUAUACAAAGUUUACUGCUGGCUCAUUAGUAUGGGCUAAAUUAGAUGGUUAUCCUGAAUGGCCAGCUAUGAUAGACUGUGAUGCAACAGGUCGAUUUGCUGAAUUUGAUGAAGAGACUAGAGAGGUGACUCGUUAUUCUGUUGUUUUUCUGGAUCCAAAUUUAGUCACUCGUCAGUCUAUCAGGGCUAAUCGGAUUAGAAAGUAUUCAUAUGAUGGAGAGGAAAAGAUAUCGAAGAGUUCACGGUUUUAUCAUGCACUGAGAAGAUCUAUUGAAGAAAUUGAAAAGGCUUCACAUAUGUCUUUGGAGGAACGUAUUUAUACCUAUGGUUAUCCAUAUUCAGAAAACGAAAAUGAAAAUAUACACGAGAGGAAAAAGAUUAAAAAGGUAAGCGAACGAAAACCCUUCAACAAAAAUCCCACUGGUCAUAAGAAGAGCAGUCUACAAUCAAAGAAGAUGAAUGAGAUAGUCAGUCCCAACCUAAUUCCUUUAAAUGACACAAAAGACGUUCUACUGAACAGUGAUCAAAACAUGGAUGAAGAUUACAAGGAGGAACGUAUAAUGAUUACACAUGAACAAUGAAUGAACUAAGAAACACUAUUGUUUAACUGCAGAACAAAUUAUGCAUAAAUUUUUAUUAAAAGUUUCUGUAGUUGAAUUUUACAUACAAUACAAACUUUCUA